AUGGCAAACUUAUCAUCGAGAGGAGAGCAGAAAGCUGAAUCUGCAUUGGACGAAGAUUAUGAAGAAGACUAUGGUCUCCCCGAUUUUCACAAUCGCUUCAUCGACGAUAGCGAUCUCCGAGAGUUCGAGAAAGCCCUUAACGCGCCUGAAGCUUUAUCUCUCGUUGCAAUAAACGACUGGAGACCGAUACAUCAGCGAGUAAGGAAAUCUGGGAAAACGCGCAGGGCGCCUCGCAGGACUAAAGAUGAAACGAGAGAAGGCUUCGUUUACACUCUCUUAAAAUGGCCCUUUCUACUCUUCAUUAUGUUCUGGAUCAUCAUACUCGGCAUACUUUACCUACUCACCCGUCUGUAUAUUUGGCUCUAUGAGCAGCUUUUUGCUUGGACAGGAGAAAGACAAAGACUAAGAAGGGCCCUUCGUUUGACAAAUACAUAUAAGCAGUGGAAACACGCGGCGAAGGCGCUGGACACAUACUUGGGCAAUGACAAGUGGAAAGAGAACGAUGCAUAUGCGUACUACGACCACUCCACUGUUAACAAGGUGCUUGGGCAGAUGAAGCAGCUUCAGGAAAAGAUUAAGAACGGUGAUGCUGAUGAGAAAGCACUCGCAGCCGAAGAGCUCUGUAUCCUCCUAGAAGGGUGCAUCAAGACUAACUUCUCUGGGAUUGAAAAUCCACGGCUUUACAGCGAAACGUACUACGGAACCAAGAAUUUAGUACAAGAAUUUAUCGAUAAGGCACAGGUAUCGCUACAGCUGGCUUUGGAGACCAAGGAACUACCAGAUGAAAGAAAACGAAUUCUCUUCAGACAUCUAGAUACAAAUUUUGGCCGUACCGUCCUAUGCCUAUCAGGCGGUGCCACACUUGCUUAUUAUCAUUUCGGCGUUAUCAAGGCCCUCCUUGACAACGAUAUACUUCCAGAUAUCAUCUCAGGGACUUCAGGGGGUGCACUUAUCGCAGCACUAGUUGCAACCAGGACCAACGAAGAGCUCAAACGGCUUCUGGUACCAGAAUUGGCACAUAAAAUUAAAGCUUGUCGUGAUGGGAUACCGACAUGGUUAAGACGCUGGUGGAGAACUGGGGCACGUUUCGAUGUUAUGGACUGGGCUGAAGACUGUAGCUGGUUUUGUCGAGGCUCUACUACCUUUCGUGAGGCGUAUGAGCGGACGGGUCGGGUGCUUAACGUCUCCUGUGUCCCCUCAGAUCCUCAUUCACCGACAAUAUUAGCAAACUAUCUCACUUCACCUGACUGCGUCAUUUGGAGUGCAGUUCUUGCUUCUGCGGCUGUUCCUGGAAUUCUACACCCGGUCGUAUUGAUGAAGAAGAAACCAGAUGGCACACUUGCCGCGUACUCCUUUGGACAUAAGUGGAAAGAUGGAAGCCUUCGCACAGAUAUUCCGCUUAAAGCAUUGGAUGUUCACUUCAACGCUAGCUUUCCUAUCGUUUCACAAGUCGGUUUUUCACGCCUCCAUCAAAGUCUUGAAAUGAUGCUAACCAGGAUACAGGUAAACCCACAUAUCAGUUUUUUCUUCUUCAGCUCCCGUGGCUCUGUGGGCCGGCCCGUUUCCCACCGAAAGGGGCGAGGCUGGCGUGGCGGUUUCCUCGGCUCCGCCGUAGAACAAUACAUCAAGCUGGAUCUUAACAAAUGGCUCAAAGUCCUACGUCAUCUGGAACUCCUUCCUCGUCCACUUGGACAAGAUUGGAGUGAGAUAUGGCUCCAGCGAUUUAGUGGCACAGUUACCAUCUGGCCAAAAACCGUCAUAUCAGAUCUAUACUACAUUCUGUCUGACCCCAGCGUAUCACGGCUAGCCCGAAUGCUGAGCGAAGGCCAGCAAAGCGCGUUCCCAAAAAUCAAGUUCAUCCACAAUCGGAUGAAAUUAGAAAGAGUCAUUGCGGAAGGACUGAUGAAAGAUCCAGAAUGGGCAGGCGGCUCGAGGCGGAAACAUAUACCCGUUCGCUCGCUGAAUGACCGCAUUUCGUCCACCGAGACGUAUGUCGAUGGCAGCUCUGUGGAUCUUUUAGCUGAUUUACAGGGGAAAGAAGGAUCUGACUCAGCAGGACGUCGCCCGGCUGGGAAACGGCGGAAUAGUGUGAUGGAAGAGCUCAGGCGCCAGUAUGCUGUAUUUUUUGAUGAUACUGAUGAUACUGCGCCGAGUGAGGACGAACAUAUUCUUUCUUACAAAGAUGAUUCUAGCGGUAUCAUGAGAUAG